AUGAUGGCAGGCAGCAGACCGCUGGGCUGUGCGUGGGGCAGUGCACGGGCCAUGCCGGCGCCAUUCAGUGGGGCCUCGGCGCCUCUGCCAUCCGACACGUUUGACAACGUGCCCCAGUCGCUCUCAGAGGGUGACAGGAAGCCGCGGCGAAUUCAGAAGCCCAAGACACCAGCAGCAGAGAAGUGUCUGCGCAAGUGCGUGGGCACGUGCAUCAGGGGAGGGGCGGGCGCACCUGGGGAAGGGCCUAUCAACGUUGAGAGGCCCAUUGUGGUUUUCAAGUCUGAAUUCAGGUCAAGACAAUACUGUCUAGUGGAAUGUAGUGAGAUCUGCAACCUUUUAUGGAGCCUAAACCAAGCUGCCGCCGCCGCCAUUCCGAAUGCUAAUACCGAAACGAAGCUUCGGCGAAUCCAGUUCUCUCAGGCGGAGCUGAAUGCCGCCACUACUCUUCGCGCUGCUCAACGGCCGCAAGCCCCACGCAGAGGCGGCGGGACGGCACAGCUGGCGCAGCGGGAGCGCACGGAGGCGCCAACCGAGCUCCGCGUUCCCCUUAACGGCGCCGCGAUGAGCGUCGCGUCGCUCAGUGAAAUGCUCCUCGUCCGCCCACGCGGCGCCGCUGCCGGCGCAAAACAGUCAUCCGCGGAAGCAGACGGUUACGCGUCCUGCCCGCAGUUCCAACCCUGGAAAGGCGCGCUUGCGCGCAUCUCCGCGUGCAAGUGGCGCAGACCGGGUUCCGCCACCCCCGCGGGCCCCUCCUCCCCGUCCACCGCUUUGCGGCUGUUUAUGAUCGAUUUUCUGGAAGACAAGAGAGGCCGCGCGGUUGAGAACGAGUGCCGCGAUCGGCGCUGGAUCUGGCCGCGGCCGCUCGUCACGGGCGGAGAGGUUUGCGUCGACGAGGCGGACGAGCUUCGAGUGGACGGCGACGAUCUUAACGAUGAUGACAAUAACGAGGAAGAGCUGCCGGAGCUCGUGGGCGCGGCGGAGCUCAUGGAGCGCGUGCGCGCGGCGCUGGGGCAGCGGCGCGGGGAGCAGCGGUCGCGGCUGGAGGCGAACGAGGCGGACGAGGUGGUGGAAGUGGGCGCGCUGGGGGGAGGCGGAGUGCUGCGCUUUAAUGACGUGUUUGUGAACUCUAAGGGGACUGUCUUUAACGAGAGCCACGUGUUUGCAGUGGACGCGUGCGGGCGGGGCCAGUGGAGCCGGCAGGGCGGCGCAGUGAAGGCGCUAAAAGAUUCGAUUUCUUUUGCGCCAGGGACUCACGUGAGCGUGCACGAGCACCUGGUGAAUCUCCUACCGUACGAGCAGGAGGACGCGGAGCAGCAGGCGGAAGACGCGGAGGAGGCGGAGAUGGCGGAGCGCGGGCUGCGGGGGACGGACUGGGUGGCGCAGGCGCGGCUGCACAACAGCAAGGAGCGGCUGCUGGCGCGGCUGCUGCCCGCGCUGUACCUGGUGGCGACUGCGCUCAUGCCUGACGCGAGACAGUACCCCCUGCUGCUGCGUAGCGAACAUCUUCUGGAGCAUCUGGGUCGCAGCAUGUUCGGGGUGGACUUGGCGUCGCUAUCGGUGCACCACCUACCCGCCAGCAGGCAGCAUCGCGAAGGCCAUCGCCACCUCUUCUACGCGAAAACACUGUUCAUGCCCGUCCAUGCCAGCAGCGUGUGCGGCCUCUCCUCCUCCGGCCGCCCGCGCGCCCCCGACGUGCUCUGGCUGGCCCUCCGCGGCCACCACCUGCUACCCCCCGAUGGCCUCCCCAUCCUCUCCCCCGACUGGACCCCCCGCCUCCCCGCGUCCGCGCAACCCGCCUCUUCCCCGCAAUCCGCUCCGCCAGCCGCGCACCCGCUGCACCACCUCGCGGUGGGGCGAACGCUGCCGGAGGAUUGGGUGGUGGUGGUGUCGCUCGUGUGGAGCGCGCACGUGAUUGCUCGCGGCGGCGGGGGCGUGGGCGACGGGAACGCGCGGACGGCGGAGACGCGGCACACGGAGGAGGCGAUGGAGGCGAUCGUGGGGAUGCUGCGCGAGCUGUAUUCGGAGGAGCGCGUGGUGGUGUACGAGGAGCAUCUGCCGCUAAGGAAAGCCAAGGCGUUGUUCUCGCGAACGAUUCUGCUGGUGGGACCCACGUCGCCGGCGCUCUCGAAUAUCAUCUUCAUGCCGUUCAAUUCAACGGUUAUCGAGAUCUUACCGUACGUUGUGAACGGCACGUUAGAGUCUAGCAAGAGCAAGGUUGAGGAUUUGCAGCGAGAUGGGAAAACCGGUGGGAAGUUGGCCAACCAGCAGAGCACUGCCACGUGGCACUACAGGCUUUCUGAACGGGUGGGUGUGCAUCACCUGCUGUCCGUGUGCGAUCCCGAGAGGAACCACAUGGACGAAAGCGAGAUGUGCCACGUGGACGAAGUCUACGCGACGGUAACCGCAUCCCUGCGGAAGAACCCGGUGCUGCGCGAAGCCACAGGGUUACCACCCGUGACCUUCCCCCCUGACGACGUCAGCAGACUGGGUGAUUUCAGCGAUUUUAUUCCCGGAUCGAGGCUGCGGAAGGGGACGGGGCAGGUGGCGGGAUUUCGGCAGUGGGCGGAGUGUGUGGCGGAGAGGGGGGAGUGGCGCUUCAACGCUACUCCGCGGGUGCUGGCGUGGCCGGAUCACGGAGUCGAGAAGUGCGACGCGGAAUGGGAGGCCGCAGGCGGAAUCGCGUCGACAAAAGCGGAUAAGGUCGCGGCACGCGGGCCAGCAGCUGCAGCCGAUUGGAAGGUUCGAGAUACGCUCAAGUACGAAUGGGUGGUCCCAACAAACAAAUGUCCAAAGGCUACUGGCUUCGGAGCAGCGCAGCUGGCAGUGCCUAGUUCCGAAGUGCUGAACCCGCAAGAACUCUUUUCGAGGUUCGAUGGUCGAGGGUUGUGUGAGCUGGCGUGGCGGAGAAAAGGCGGGCUGCGGGUUGCGUUUCUUGGAGAUUCCUUAUCUCGGGAAUCCCACGUGAAUUUCGUGAACAACAUCCCGUGGGGCUUCUUUUCGCCUGACCCCCCCUCCCCGCACAUCCAUGCAUGCGCGUGGCGGCCCAUGGCAGCUGACGAUGCCCUCUCUGGUACCCUUCCAGUCAGCCAGAGCAGCAAGAGCAGUGCGAGCAGCAGCGCGGUUCUGGCGAGGCUGUCUGGUUUUAUGCAGCAGUUUCUGGCCGACAGGGCAAGCGGGGCAGGCGGCGGGGGAGGCGGCGCAGUGGGUGGGGGGAGCGGCAGGGCGGGAGGGGUCGGCGGUGCUGCAGUGGGUGGGAGGAGCGUGGCCGUGCAGCAGGACUGCGCGCACUGGAAGUGGCUGUGGCCGCGCCCCCUGGUGACACGUGGCGAGAUGUGUUUGGACGAGGACGAGGUGUGGGAAUUCGUGGAAGAAUGGGUGCGGGCGGAGCAGGAGACACAGCAGAAGCUGAUGGCGAGUGAGAGGAAGAAGGAGAGGCAGAAGGAGAGGCAGAAGCAGGGGCUUGUGAAGGAGGAGAUUGCUGGGGAGGAGAGUCCCCUAGAAGGGUUAGAGGUUGAUCCUAAGGAGGCGAGGGUGCACAGUGGGGGGACGAGGGGGCUGGUGCGCCUGCUGCCAGCGCUCUUCCUGCUCGCCUCCUCUCUCAUGCCCACUGCCCGUCGCUUCCCCAUUCUGCUAAAUCACGACCAUCUGCUGUCACAUCUAGGCCCGGAUGUCUUUGGUGUUGACCUCGCUCCACUGGCCAUCCGCCAUCCCUCACUACUGUUUCACAACACCUACAGCAGCAGCAGCGACGCCUCUUACAACGACCCAGGCAGUGGCCCUGACUUAACCACCAACCCCAUCACCACCACCGGCAUGCCUCCCCACCUCUUCUUCGCUCGCACCCUCCUCCUCCCCAUCCACACCCCCAGCCUCUGCGGCCUCUCAGCACCUCCGCUCACCGCACUGCACUCCUCUCCACCGCGCACCCCUGACGCCCUCUGGCUGGCCCUCCGCGGUUUACACCUGCUGCCCCCCCACGGCCUCCCCAUCCUCUCCCCCGACUGGACCCCCCGCCUCCCCUCGCCCCUGCAAAUGCCGGCACCUGAAAAUUCACCUGAAGAUUCACCUGAAGUUUCACCUGAAGAUUUUCCUGAUGGGCUGGUGGUGGGGCAGUUGCUGCCGGAGGAUUGGGUGGUGGUGGUGUCAGUGGUGUGGAGUACGCAUGUGAUGGAAGGAGGGGGAGGGGGGGAGGGAGUGAGGGAGACAGAAGCAGCCAUACAUGUGAUUAUAGCGAUGCUCAAGGAGCUGUUCUCUGAUGGGAGGGUGAUUGUAUACGAUGAGAACAUGCCUCUGCUGCAAGCAAAGGCAUUGUUCUCAAGAACGAUACUCCUCGUGGGUCCCACCUCCCCCGCCCUCACCAACCUCCUCUUUAUGCCCUUCAACUCAACUGUCGUAGAGAUCCUCCCCUACCCCGUCACUCGCCCCCGCUCCUCCCUCCCCCUCUCGCUCCUCCUCCGCUCGCCCUACCACAAGAAAGCAGCCGCCGAGGCCGCUCUGAUCGGCCAACCGAGCGCCGCCACGUGGCACUUCCAGCUGGCGGAGCGGCUCGGGAUUCGGCAUUAUCUGAGCGUGUGCGACCCCACAUGGCUGGACAAGGGCACGGGGGAAAAGUGCCACGUGGACGAGGUGUAUGCUACAGUGCUCGCUACAGUCCGAAGAAACCCGCCCCUGCUAGCCCUCACAGGGAUCCCCGUAAUCUCCUUUCCGCCAGACGCCGUCCAGCUGUCCCCUGAGCCUCCUACCGACAGCAGCACCGGCAUCCGUGCCAAACCCAGUGACUUGGCCGAAGCUGCCAGCAGGUUCGGCGAUCUCGGCGACUCGAUUCCAGCAGAGUUGGGUCUGGAAAAUGGGUUUAGCGACCUGGGGGAUUUCAGCGAUGCCAUUCCGGGGUCCAGAUUGCAUAAGGGAACGGGACAGGUGGCAGACUUUCGGCGGUGGGCUGCGUGUGUGGCGGAGAGGGGGGAGUGGCGCUUCAACGCUACUCCGCGGGUUCUGCCCUGGUCGCAACGAGGCUAUGACGUCUGCGACCUCGCCCUCGUUCGGGAGAACCGAGGCUUGGGCGGAGCUGAUGCCGAUGCUGUGGCUUUGGUUCGGGAGAUGGGUCGGGAGGAGCGGGAGCGGGCGUGGAAGGUGAGGGAUGCGGUAAAGUACCAGUGGGGGGUUGCUAAGGAGAGGUGUCCGCGUGUGGUUCGGGCGAAGCUAGGCGCCCAAGCUCAGGCUGUUCCAGGUUCGGAGGUUUCCGAACCUGACGAGCUGUUCUCUAGGUUCGACGGGCCUGCGCUGUGUGAGCUGGCUCGGAGGAGGGUCGGCGGGCUGAGGAUUGCCUUUGUCGGGGACUCCCUUACCCGCGAGUCUCACUUCUCCUUUGUGAAUAGCGUUGUAACGCAUGUGCGAAAGCCAGCGAGUGUGGUAACCAGAAAGGACGGCGCGAUGUGGGUGGGGCAGAUGUCGCGGACAAGAGGAGAUACCUAUACCCGAGUGACGUACAGAUUUGAUGAUGCUGGAUGUGGGGAGCUGGUAGUGCAUUACAUUGCAAAUCGCCGGCUUGUACCUGUGGGGGAGGAGAUGUGGGAGCGGGUGAGAUGGAUUAGCACCCCGUGGAUGGAGAGUGAGGAGAUUAAAGGGGCUCAUGUGGUGGUGAUAAAUCGGGGCGCGCAUUUUAAGCCCACGGGGAAUGUCGUGUUGUCGGUGUCGCGCACGCUGCAAUUUCUCCGGUAUAAUUACCCUGAGAAGCUGAUUGUUUACCGGGCGACGGCCCCGGGUCACCUCAACUGCAAGGACUACAGCAAACCCCUUUUAAAGCGGCAAAACGGGAGUGAUUUACCCUUCCAUUGGGGGGAAUUCAAGGUGCAAAACGAGGCAGUGAGGCCGUUAGUGGAGGCAAUGGGGGGUGUGUUCAUGGAUAUAGAUCCGCUGAGUGCCUUGAGACCUGAUGGGCAUCGGGUGUUUGAUGGGAAGGUGGAUUGCUUGCAUUACUGCUUGCCGGGACCGGAAGACACAUGGUCAGAGUUCCUGUAUAAUAUCAUACAGAGGCUUGUUCCUGUAAAGUAG